GACUCAAAUCCACUUUUGUAUUCGGCAUAAAACCUACUGAGCGCCAAUAACAAACAUCUUGAAUGGUUGAAUGGACUUUGGCACCAAAAGACAAAAUAGAUAACAAAAUAGAUAAGCGAGAGAAGUGACCCUCGUGGAUAUAUAUACGUAGUAAACAAACUAAACAUGUUGGUCUAAAUGUUUAUCUGGAACAAGCUCUCUGCUGGUUUGGACUGGACUAUCAGUGAGUGUGUGGCUGCAUGCAGCUCAUUGUAUGGCAGUGUGACUGCAGCAGGGAGUGUCUGGUUACAAACACUGAGCUUGUGACCUCUUUUUUUUUCUUGGGCACACGUGUUAUCUUGUGUAUGAGGAAUGGAGGACAAUGAUGAAGCAGACAGCUGCAGUAUAUACCCGAGUCUGGUUCCCCUCGGCAGCGAGAUAAAGGCCAGGAUGCAGCAGUUCGUAGAGGAAAGAACAGAAGCCAAUAUGUGGACGGCUGUUCUGAUCGGAGCUGUGACAGUCGUUUGUGUCCUCGGUGUUGUCGUGUUCCUUCUUUACAGAAGAUACAAACUGUCAAAGGAGGAAGCCGGCAUUCCUCACUAUCGCUUCAGGAAGAGAGACAAGGUCAUGUUCUACGGCCGAAAGAUCAUGAGAAAGGUGCAGACGUUGUCCUCCACCUCUGCCUCUAAUUCAAACCCAGCUUCCCGGCAGAGGAUGAGGAAGAGGACCAAAGUCCUGUCUAUAGCUCGCAAGAUCUUGCGUAUCCGGAGGGAGCCCCCCACCCUGCAGCCCAAAGAGCCUCCUCCCAGUCUGCUGGAGGCCGACUUGACUGAGUUUGAUGUGCAGAACUCCCAUCUGCCCUCCGAAGUGUUGUACAUGCUGAAAAAUGUCAGGGUGCUCGGACACUUCGAGAAGCCUCUCUUCCUGGAGCUCUGUCGUCACAUGGUGCUGAUCCAGCUGCACCAGGGAGAGGCGCUCUUCCGACCGGGUGACACCGAUGACAGUAUUUACGUGGUUCAAGAUGGCCGCCUGGAGCUGUGCAUCCAUGAGAGCGAUGGUACGGACGCUGUGGUGAAGGAGGUUUUAACAGGAGACAGUGUCCACAGUUUGCUCAGCAUCCUGGAUAUCAUCACUGGCUAUCCAGCUCCUUACAAGACUGUGUCUGCGAGGGCUGCAGUUCCCUCCACUGUCCUGCGUCUACCAGCUGCAGCCUUUCAGUCAGUGUUUGAGAAAUAUCCUGAAACUCUGGUCCGUGUCAUCCAGAUCAUCAUGGUGCGUCUCCAGAGAGUCACCUUCCUCGCCUUACACAACUACCUCGGCCUGACCACUGAGCUCUUCAACCCGGAAAGUCAAGCCAUCUCCUUGGUGUCGGUGGCUCAUGUUCUGGGUGAGGCUCAUCCACACCGAGGCCUCCGCAGGCAUCCGUCCCACUCUGAUGAGCCGGGCUCUGAAAAAGCCGACACAGAAAAACCCAGCCUCUCUGAAACGUCGAAAUACAAGAAACCUCGCUCUCUCUCCAACCCGAUAGCUGUUACAGGUGAAAUGUCAGUCGACCUCAACAAAGUUUAUGAACGGGAGAAAGUUGCCAAAGAGGAGAUGGUGCCUCCAAGUCCUGUGAAGUCUAUUCUAAAGAAGAGUGUGACGAUGCUGCACACUCCAUCUGCUGUUUACCACUACAGUGAUACAGGAGGGGGGAAUGUCCACCAUAAUAAGGUCAACGCCAUUUUUCAAGCUGCCAAAAAGGAUCUGCUGCAGGUCAUCCAGAUACAGGACCCCGGUCUGCUGGAGGGGAGAGUGAAUCUUCGGCAGGUCAAAGCCGGCAGUGUUGUGGCCCACCAGGGAGACCAGGAUGUGAGCGUGGCGUUCAUCAUCUCGGGGACGCUCCACGUUUACCAGCGGAUGAUCGACCGCGAGGAGGAGACCCUGUUGUUCGUCACCCACCCGGGGGAAAUGGUGGGUCACCUGGCCGUUCUCACGGGGGAGCCUCUUAUCUUCACUGUCCGAGCUCACCGAGACUGCACCUUCCUCUCCAUAUCGAAGGCUCACUUCUACGAGAUGAUGCGAGAGGAGCCCAGGGUGGUGUUGAACGUAGCUCACACUGUGGUGAAGAGGGUGUCACCGUUCGUCAGACAGAUCGACUUCGCUCUUGACUGGAUGGCUGUGGAGGCUGGACGUGCUGUCUACAGACAGGGAGACAAAUCAGAUAGCACCUUCAUCGUCCUCAGUGGCCGACUGCGCUCUGUCAUUGCAAAGGAUGAUGGGAAGAAGGAGCUAGCUGGAGAGUACGGUCGCGGCGAUCUGAUUGGUGUGGUUGAGGCCCUGACCCACAUGAACCGUGCUACCACAGUCCACGCCGUCAGGGACUCUGAGCUGGCCAAGCUGCCUGAAGGAGCUCUGAACUCCAUCAAGAGGAGGUAUCCUCAGGUUGUCACCAGACUGAUUCAUCUGCUGGGACAGAAGAUCCUGGGCAACAUGCAGCAGGUCAACGGGCCUCUAGCUGCACGUAGUCUGGCUCUCCACACCCCCACCAGUAAGUGGGAUGCAGGGAACCCGGUGUCCAACCUGUCCACUGUGACCAUCCUGCCUGUGUCUGAGGAGGUUCCUCUCACUGCCUUCACUCUGGAGCUGCAGCAUGCACUCAACGGCAUCGGUCCCACUCUACUGCUGACCAGUGACAUCAUCAAACAGCGACUGGGCUCUGCUGCUCUGGACAAUAUCCAUGAGUACCGUCUGUCCAGUUGGCUGGGCCAGCAGGAAGACAUCCACCGCAUCGUCCUCUACCAGUCUGACUCUGGCCUCACGCCUUGGACGCAGCGCUGCAUCCGCCAGGCUGACUGCAUCAUCAUUGUGGGACUUGGUGAGCAGGAACCCAAUGUGGGCGAGUUGGAGCGGAUGUUGGAGAGCAGUGCCGUUCGGGCUCAGAAGCAGCUGGUGUUGCUGCACAGGGAGGACGGUCCGCCACCCAGAGGGACGGCAGAAUGGCUGAACAUGCGGAGCUGGAUCUCCAGACACCAUCACCUGUCCUGCCCCCGCAGGGUGUUCUCCAGGAGGAGUUUACCUAAACUGAGAGAGUUGUACCAGCGGGUGUUUGAAAAGUGCCCAGAUCGUCAUUCUGACUUCUCUCGCCUGGCCAGGAUCCUAACAGGAAACAGCAUCGCCCUCGUGCUGGGUGGAGGGGGCGCCAGGGGUUGCUCCCAGGUCGGCAUCCUGCGGGCGCUGAAGGAGGCGGGGAUCCCUAUCGACCUGGUGGGCGGAACCUCCAUCGGUUCCUUCAUGGGAGCGCUGUACGCCGAGGAGAAGAGCAACAGUCGAAUGAGGGUUCGGGCUCGUGAGUGGGCCAUGGAUAUGACGUCUCUCUUUAAGAAGAUCGUGGAUCUGACCUACCCCGUCACCUCCAUGUUUUCUGGAGCUUCCUUUAACUCCAGCAUCAGCUCCGUCUUCAAGGGCAAACAGAUAGAGGACCUGUGGCUGCCGUACUUCAACAUUACAACAGAUAUCACAGCUUCCACCAUGAGAGUUCACACCUACGGGUCAUUGUGGCGGUAUGUCCGGGCCAGUAUGUCACUGUCUGGUUACCUGCCGCCUCUCUGUGAUCCCAAAGAUGGACACUUACUCAUGGACGGAGGUUACAUCAACAACCUGCCCGCUGACGUGGCUCGCUCCAUGGGAGCCAAGGUUGUGAUCGCAAUUGAUGUUGGAAGCCAGGAUGAAACCAACCUGACCAACUAUGGCGACUCUCUGAACGGCUGGUGGCUGCUGUGGAAACGAUUCAACCCACUGGCUGAGAAAGUCAAGGUCUUGAACAUGGCAGAGAUCCAAACCCGGCUGGCUUACGUCUGCUGUGUCCGGCAGCUGGAACUAGUCAAAGACAGUGAAUACUGCGAGUACAUCCGGCCGCCCAUCGACCGCUACGGCACGCUGGAGUUUGGCAAGUUUGACGAGAUCGCUGAGGUGGGAUACCACCAUGGGAAGACGUUGUUCGAUGUGUGGCAGCGCAGCGGGGUGGUGGACAGCAUGCUUAAGGACAGAGAGGAGGAGUUACACAAGACCAAAUCUGCCCAUGUGGUCACAUGUCCAAACGCUUCCUUCACUGACCUGGCGGAGAUUGUGUCAAGAAUUGAACCUGUCAAGACCGCCCUGAUUGAAGAGGAACUAUCUGAUGAAUACCAGACAGACUAUGACGAGGAUGCGGUGGAAAGCGCCCUGUCCGACUUUGAGGCGUUCACCGCCGGCAGUGAACACACAGAGGGAGAGGAGACGGCAGACACUGCUGAAACAGAUGAGGAAAUUCAAAUCAGAGUUCGACACCGACUGAAGAACGCCACAGAAAGUGCUUGACCGUGACAUCCAUCAAAGCCACAACCGGUCCAAAACACACACUUUUUAAAUGCAGUAUUUCUGCUAACGUUUGAGAAAUGCAGCAUCACACUGACUCCAAGCCACAAAAUGUAUUCAAACAGACAAAGUUUCAAUCCAGUUUUGUUGCUUGGAGUCAGUGUGCAGAAGCUACUUUUUCAUUUACCUCUUCAACAUAUGAGAAAUGCACUGAGUUUGCAUUACAGACAUGUAGCUGAUACUCAGCCAGGUAGCGUGCUCAGUGUCCUGCUCCAGGACAGAUUACAGACAGUCAAACCUCCAGCGACGCAUAGUUUUUAAUGGAGUUAGAGCUCAGUGUGGCUUAUUGUUUCCUGCACUUGGGUCAUUUCAGUGGUUUGACAGGAUUCCCACUGGUUCAUGCAAUUCCUAAAAUAUCAUUCAUCUGGGAGAUGUGUGUUCCAAACAGGGAAAAUCAAGGAAUUCUGUCAGUUCUCUGGGGAAAAUAGCAGGGAAUUUUUAUAAAUAGGCUAAUUUAUGGGAAUACAGCAGAGAUUCAUUCUUUUAGCUUGUUUCACACAUUCACUGCAUUGUUAUAUAUGUUAGUCACUCAGAGUCUGACUAUCUGUCACAGUCAUAUGGAAAACAGACAGACUGGUAUCUGCACACAAGCACAUCGCACACAGUCUGUCAACAUUUCAUAAUAUACAGUGCCACUUUUUGGGACAGUUCAAUGCAUAACUCGUCCAUACCAUAAUAAGCUCAGAUACAUAAAGUGUGUUUCAUAAUGUUUACAUGCAGGUCAAAGCAGUAAAUAUACAUUUUAUGUAGCUACAUACAGUGUUACCCUCCUUUCUAUGUGAUGAUGAAGGGAUAUCUACACAUAGGUGUGACAAGUGUAAUAUGAACACUGACUAUAAUAAGCUAUACUAUACUAAUGUAUCAUGAAUGUAUUUCUAAAAUGCCUGACUAUUUACAACACAUAUGAUUUUCAUGGCAGUGUGAGGAGCCUAAAUGCUCAACAGUCCGUCCGUUUGGUGUUUUUGUGCCGAGCACAGCACUCGUGUGUCUGGUGAGAGGAGAAGCGUCAUGUAGGCAGCACAAGGCGAGCUGUAUCAAAAAUCACUUCCUAUUUACUAUAGUGCACUGUCCCCGUUUUAUUAGAAUCUGAAGUGUGAUAUUUAUGCACUAAUGCCCUGCUGCUCAUCAUAGAUUCAACUGUUAAGUGUCUCUUAUAAAGGAAAUAUAAUGAGAGAGUGAUUAGGGCUACAACUAAUGAUUAUUAAUCUGUUGAUUAUUUCUGGAUUAAUCAAUUAGUUGUUUGGUCUAUAAUGUC